GGGGCGGGGAGUUGGAGGCGACGCCAUUCUAGGCGCUGAGUGGUGAGGGGGUGAGGCUGCCAGUUGGGUGACAGGCCGCUAAAGGCGGAGAGCCAGAGUGAGAACUCUUUUCCCCCGGGGUUAGCUGACCAUGGCCUUCGAUACGACCAAGUUUAUGCAGUUGUCACUCACUCAGCUGAACGAGCUGCUGGACGACGAGGAGAAGCUGGGGCAGGUGGUGCAGGAGAUGGAUGAGCUUGACCAAUGUAAGACUACACGGAUGUUUUUGGUGUGAUCCGACGCGCAGCAACAAAGCGCCAGCGUCAAAUCGAAUGCAACGGAAAUACGACUCAAAAUGUUCAGUUGAGCAAAGAAAUGACACUUGCUGGAAAUCGAAGCCUUGCAGAGGAGAACCUGCUAUUGCAACCAGAUCUGGAAAACUUAAAAGCUACCCUCACACAAAAAUACCAGGAGCUGCAAAGUCUCCUAGAAUCCCACCAGUUGAAGAAAACAAAACUCGAUAAGCAGUCUGUCAAUUCAUCCCUGGAAACACUUUUAGCUCUUCUUCAGGCUGAAGGUGCCAAAAUAGAAGAAGAGACAGAGAAUAUGGCAGAGAAUUUUCUUGAUGGAGGCAUCCAGCUGGAGAACUUCACUGAUGAGUAUUUGAACAAGCGCAAAUUGGCCCAUCUGCGACGUGUGAAAAUUGAAAAACUUCAGGAGAUGGUAAUGAAGGGGCAAAGGCUUCCCCAAGUAUCUGUGCUGCCACAAACCCACCCAUUGGAAUCAAACCAAGCACCUCAAGCUUCCUAUCCAGCAAACAUUACACCCAGAAGACCAGUGCCACCCCCACCCCAAGCACCUAGCCAACCUGGACUAUAUCCAAUGCCAUAUGCAAUGGCUGCUCAGCCAGCCCCUGGGCUCCCUUAUGCACCAUCUCCGUGCCCACCUCUUCCUUCUCGUCAUGGCUAUCAGCCUUCCAAUCAGAUGCCUCAGCCUGGUUAUCCAGCUCCCUUCACACAACAGUAUCCUCCUGCUCUCCCUCAAAGACCUCCUCGCCUUCCUCCUAUGCCAGGCUUCAUUGCACAGUGAAAUAUAACGUGUGCCUCACUGGAAGAUUGGUGCUCCGUUUCACGCCUCCUCUUUUACUCACUUAUCUGGAUGUGUUGAAAAGUUGCUCAUAUUGUAAUGUGCAGCUGCUACCCCAAAACACUUUCCCGUACUUUUGUUUUUUUCCUUUAAAACCUAUUUAGAGACCUUGGUGGAUAAACGAAUCCUUUUGUAGGGGGUAUUUUGGGAGAAUCUGCAUUAGUCAAGUUAGGCAGCGAGGCUGCAAUUACAAAGUUAUUUCCUUCACGUGGACUUUUGCACCACCGUGUUGUUAGUUGUCUGUGCUGAACUGCAGUGAAAAUGAAAAAUGUUACACUCCAGCCAUUGAUAACAUUAAAGUCACUCGCCAGGGCAGGAGAUUUAAGAACAAAAGUGCUUUGCCAUCCAUCUCAGGUGUCCGACAUUCUUUAGCAAACGGACUUCCAUCAUGAGGUCUAAGAAAUGUGCUGAACAGUGAAGCGUUUGCACUGUUUAUUUUCUAUUGGUUCUUCUUACACAAUGGUGUCUAAAAUAUGAUGAUCCAAAAAUAUCUGGCAGUAAUGUUCCUUUCUAAAGAAAACAUUAACAGAAUUAUUCAGGGAUAGGCGUGUGUCAGAAAUAAGGAAUUUGCAAAUUGAGUGCCGAUCAAGCGGAUGCAAUUUGUGUGUGUGUGAGAGUGUUGUAUACUUAUGCACAUGGCUUCACUGUGCCUUACACUGACUUAUUCCUGAAGCAACAAAUGUAUAUCCUAUGAAAGUGCCCCUUAUUUUGCUGUCCACUGCAAGUAAGGGCUUCUGUUUCACAGACCUUUUACUGAACCAACCUAGUUUAUUUGUUGAGUACAUUUCUUUCAAAGGGUUUUGAAAAACACCAUAUAAAACUUAAUUUUUCUUACUUUGAAAUCUUAUUUAGAAAAGAAACAAUACUACCAUUUAGGUACAGGCAGUAGUUAAAUACUUACAUACGUUUUUUGUUUUUUAUUAAUAUAUAUUUUAUUAGCUGGUUCAUGCCACACACUGAGAUUAAAGUGCCAGAUUCAAGUUUGGGAGAGGUGAGUUCCAGUUGAGUUAAAGCCAUAUUUGUGAAUUCUGUAAGCCUGAAAUCCAGAUCACUACUUGGUUUAAGGCAUGAGAAGGCAAGAAAGGAAGUUUCUUGGUAAAUAUCAAGGGGUGUGUUUUUGCACUACUGGUGCACUUUAGUGCAUAACUGCAAAGAGAAAACAUUUGUGUUUGUUAAAUGUAAACUAUUUUAUAUUUUAAAAGCAAUUGUAUUCCUACAGGGCAUUUUUUACUCUUAUCAUAUCAUGCUAUUGUGAAGAAACUCUGCUGGUUGCUUUUAAAGUAUAUACAUGUUCCUUUGUUGAAUACGUUUCUAGAGUUUUUCCCGUAAUGUUGCCUUUUUUUUUUUAUAGUCCAAUAUCCUAAACCGUGUGGGUGGUGUAUAUGCAACUGACGUUUGCCAGCCAUUUUAUAUAAUUAACAUUUCUAUUCUAAUGUCACAGAACCCAACGGAUUAAAGAGAGCACAGUUAGUGUAGUGCUGCAAUGAUGUACUCCUGGAAACAGUCUCUAUUUUUAAAGAAACAUAUUUUCCCACUUAGUGACCUUAAAAAAACAACAACCCAUUUUACUACCCAUUUAUGCAUUUACUGAACACCAAAAAUGUGUGGUGCCCUAACAGAGAAUCCCAGAGCAUGUUCUAGCUCGCAUUGCUCCAUGCAGACACUACACUGUCAAUAGCACGUGUUGUAUAGCAAAAGUAAAAUGCAGUUGUAAAUUUACCCAGUUUUUCUUCAAUAAAUCUUGAAAAAUG